AUGCCUGGAAGUCAACCUCCGACUGGGAGUGGAAGUCCUGUGAGGAGCAGGUCACCUUCCCCGCUGGUCCAGAACAUCAACAUCAGCAACAACGCCAGCAAGAGGAAAGGUUCUCCCAAGAGGAAGGCAUCGCCAAAGAGGAAAAGGGCUACUUCCCCCAAACGGAAGGCAUCGCCCAAGAGAAAGGCUUCACCAAAGAGGAAGACUUCACCCAAAAGAAAGGCUUCACCCAAAAGAAAGGCUUCAUCCAAGAGGAAGGCUUCACCCAAAAGAAAGGCUUCACCCAAAAGAAAGGCGUCACCCAAGAGGAAAGCUUCACCCAAGCGAAGAGCUGGUUCUCCAAAGAGGAAAACGAAGCGAGCCAAGGUGUCUGCUCAUCCCAAGACGUUGGACAUGAUCGUUGCCGCAAUGAAAGCAUUGAAGGAUCGCAAAGGUUCCUCCCGCCAGGCUAUUGCCAAGUACAUCAUGGCAAACUUCAAGGGCAUCACUCAAUCCCAUCUUCCAUCUAUGCUGCGUUUGGCGCUCGCUCGUGGUCUGUUGUCUGGCCGUCUUGUCCGCCCCAAGGGAUCCACUGCCAUUGGUGCCACAGGACGUUUCCGCCUUGGAAAGGAACCAAAGAAGCCAAAGAAAGUGAAGAAGACCCCAAAGAAGAAGAAAGCCAAGAAGCCAAGGAGAAAGACACCGAAGAAGGCAAAGAAACCAAAAAAGGCAAAGAAGCCAAAAGCAAAAAAAUCUGCUAAGAAAGCAACCAAGGCGAAGAAGACGAAGAGCCCCAAGAGGAAACCAGGAAAGAAAGCCAAGAGGAAAUCUCCAAAGAAAGCCAAGAGGUCUCCAGCCAAGAAAUCUGUAAGGAGGAAGCUUCCAAAGCUGUAAAAAUCACCGCAUGAAGC